ACCAGUCUCUGACGGGAUUUCCGGCUUUGCUUACGGCAGGCAACAAAUUUAGUGCGUGCCGCCCACGCCACAGUCGUUAUGUUUUGGUGACACCUAGCCGUGCUCAAAGGGUACUCGACAUGGGGUGGAGGAACGCCCUACAAAUAUUCUCGAACGAUGCCUCGCCGCCUUUGUUGUACCAGCAACAGGGCUGCCUAGUGGCUGCAUUGGAUACAUACCCAUUGGAGAAGCGGUGCCUAGAGUUGAGCCGCCUGUUUCACGAGUUGCCUUUUAAGGAACUGCAGCACUACCUGCCGACAGUGUUGGAGCAUGUGUUCGGCUUUGGGGCCAAUGUUGGCUGGAGCCUGCAGAACAUCACUCACGGUCAACAGGGAUUCAAUGAGGUUCGCCGCUUCCUCAGCCCAGAAGGCCCGCUGCUGCUGCUCAUCUAUCGGCUACUGUCUGAUGCGAGCGUCAACUACGAAUUCCCGGUAUCCUGCCUGCCCUUGGAUACCAGAAGCACCUUGAGCACGGGUGGUGUGCCACCUUUCUGUUCGGGAAGGAUACCGACGCUGGGAGCUCUUGGACCACAGGGACCCACUGUCCUGCAAAUCAAUGCCUUCGAGCUGUACAUGUUCCAUUUCGCCUACUAUAUCGUCAAUCCAUCGCAGCCGGGGUCUCAGCAUCAGUUUCAACAGUCCAUGGUGCUGGACGUCAUAGGCGGUGAAGGCCAGAGAGCGCCCGGGACCAUCCUGGAUAGCCUGUACCUGGCUCUGCUCCAUGACUACCUACACUACUACCUGCCGCAUGACCGUGACUUUGCGCCUGAGCUACCUGGCUACCACCCGCACCACCAGGUGCCCUCUUUUGGUGGGAGCAUGCCAACCAGUCCCCUCUACCGAGAGCGAGACAACGUCUUCUGGAAUGGGAUGUCAUCUCCGGGCAGGAUCUGCCCGAACAGCACUGCUGCCGGAGUCGUGCACCGCCAUGUUAACAACGAGCCGUGCCUGAUCCGCAAAGACAUCCUGCAGAGCAUUUACUCGGGGUCCGGCAACAUGAGCAACUACUCCCCGUCCACUCCACCACGGCACUACGGCACGACCAUGGUGUCCACACCACCCUCUGGGUUUCCCAUCCUCACGUCAUCGCCAUUGCCGGCAGUGGGUUGCAGCGACCCUCACGCACGCGUCUCUGAGACCUUCUUGGAGGUCCUGCUCGAGUUCUGGCUGGGCCGGCAGCAGGUGGCCACAGCCGUGUUCAGCAGGACUCCGGCGGGUGCUGCGUCGCCUUACGGAAGUCCGGGUGCUGCACCCACUUCCGUGUCGUUUCACCACACCUUCAGCACGACUGAGGAUUGUGCUGUACCCAGCCAGCUUCAUAUGCUCAUAGUGCGAAUGAUGGUCAAGCACCUGCACCAGUUCCGGUACAGUGAAUGGCGGAACGCCAGCAGCAGUGCUGCCUACCCAUGCAACAUUCAGACCCCUAUGGAUGACAUCAGGCUGAAGGUGUUGCCGCGGCUCCUUCGCAAGCGACUCUACUUGUUCUUGAAGCAUGCCCUCGCCAGUUGGCCACUAGACAGCUCUUUGCGCCUGCCACUGGAGACGUGGCUGAGUUUCAUCCAGCCGUGGAGAUAUUCCUCCUCACAAAUAAGGCACCCCGACCGGCACAAGUCAGCGAGCCACGGUGUCGAAGCCCACUGGCAGCCAUUUGUGCAGGAGCACCUGCUCUUCUACACAGAGCUGCUGGGCGUGCUGUUGCCGCGCUUCCUUCGCAUGGACCUUGCAAGCCGCUACUGUGCAUUCGUGCUGUAUCGGUGCACCAAGGUCCUUUUUCAGCCUAACCUGUUUGCUAUGAUCACAGAAGCGGAAGCAAGCCUCGGCAAUGGCGGACAGUCAGCGUCGCCAGUGAGCAACGCCCUGCAGCGGCAGGCGGUGAGUGCCCCAGUGGCCACCCUGGUGAGACAGCACAUGGCCGACGUCGAAGAGCCUGGCUUCGUCUACCGGCCCCUUAAUGGCGAAGAGAGACGCAAGCAGGUAAUCCACCUGGUGCAGCUAGCGAGGCAGGCAUGCCGGGCCAUCGACAGGCAGCUUCAGGAAAAGCUUGGCGUCGAGGGCAGCCGCAACAGCAGCGUUGCGCAACAGCACCAUUCUCUCGCCAAUGCCCGAAGCAGUGGUGGUGGCAGCCGUUUGAGUUGUCUGUGGGGUGCGCUGAAGCGGACAGGCAAGAAGUGGCUCAGUUCGUUCAGUCCUGGGCCCCCCGACGAGGUGGUCGAAUGGAAGCGAACGCAACACUUCUUGCGAACCUCUGUUGAAGAGCUCCGCGGCGCCUUUAAGCUGAACAAGGAUAUCGAGCUGUCUUCUUUGGCCCUGAACGGGCACGAGCCAUUGUCGUUGUUUGCGUCUUCGCGUGAUGUCACCGACUCCACCAUGGGCCGUAAUGGCUUCCAGCAGUGCCUAGACAACACCAAAGCACACAAGUACCAGGGAAAUCCUGAUAGGGAACCAAUUCGUAGCUACGAGGUGGUCUUCCUCGUGCGCCUGCUCCAUCUUCUGUCUACUGCCAUCAACGACAAGUAUGGACCCCAGCUGCAAUUCCUGUACAGCAGCCCCCAUUUUGUUGGCCAUGUGGCGCGUCUACUGCUGCAGCCACCGGCUGUCUACACUGAGGUCAUCAAGAGGGGUGUCGGCGUACCGUACACGUACCGGCAGCACGAGCUGCCCGCCCGCGUCCGCCUACGAUCGUUGGCUAAAAAGCAGUACCUCGUCUACUUGUGUGCCGCGGUGUUCUUUGGCUACACUUGGGACUACAGCCCCUUCCUAGUCUGUUUUAUUGUGCUGGAGUGCAUCUGCGCCAGCCUGCUCCUCAGGGCGGCAUGGUCCUGGGGAAUGCAACGUCUGCGAUGGCAACAACCGCACCAGGCUGUGGGCUGAGUUGCCCUAGCCACCAUUCGUAGCGAGAGUUUUUUAUGUGGUUACGUCAAGUCAGUCGGUGCAGCAGUGGCUACGAACCUUCACAUGUCCAGCGUGGUGCCAAACUUUAUCAGCAGUGCUUAGGGACUGGAAAGCAAUGAAAAGGUUUGGAGUCUUUUUUACAGAAAACUUAGCAGAUGUGUAUCCUUGCAC